AUGUCGAAUCAGAAGUCCGUUGACUCUUCACUUUGGUGGGAUUCUUUCUCAUCGCUUCUUGGUGAACUAGAAAACGCCUCGCUCUCCUCCGACCUACCUCCACAGCUAGUAGGCCAAUUUUCCCUCUCUCUCGAACCGGCGGCGAAGCUUAAGCAGAAUCAUGGCUGGUUCGUGGAAACCGUGUCUCGGUUUAAGCCGCCAAAUGCCAGUUCCAAAGAAGCUCUGAACGCGGAUAAACUGAAAAUUGGGGCUCAUGAAUUGAGUAUAAAACCUCAACUGAAAGAUAAAGCUCUCCGGAUUAGCUCCUGUGCGUCGUUAGAUGAAGUGCAGUCGUAUAUUCUUGUGGAGAGGUCUCUCGAACGCAAUGGUUUAUCCAUUGACUCAAUUGCAGAAGAAUACAUGCACCUGGCAUUGCUUGAUUUCUACAUUGAGCGACAAUGCUUGCUCAAGUGUACGAGGCAAAUUCUGAUGCAUGCAUUAUUGGUUGGAAUUAGCUCCAAAGGAGAGAAUUUUAUUAGAGACGAGGGAUUGAAGUUAAUUUCUGAUGGGUUAGAGCUUAAAUUGAUCUCUGUUCUUCAGGACCUUCUAUCUGUUACUCAUCCCAUCCAGAUGGAUGUUGACCUUGUCAGUUUAUGGGCUGAAGAGACUUUGAUUGAAGAUAACUUGGUCUUGGACAUCCUCUUUCUGAUUUACUAUGAGUCUCUUUGCAUAUGUAAUGGUGAGAUGUGGAGAAAGAUUUGUUCACUAUACAGGGGGAUUGUAUCUGGGUCUUUUAACUUUGGAAAGUUGGCAUUAUCAACUGAAGCAGUGAAGUCUUGUUAUCAAGCCAAAGUCCAGCUACUACUUAUCCUCAUAGAGACGCUGGAUCUUGAAAAUCUUCUUCAGUUGGUUCAUGAUGGAACUCCUUUCAGUAAGGGAGUAUCUGGGUUCACUGUCACUGAUAUCCAACAAAUGGAUUCAUUAAUAUCUGGUUUUGAUGUGCUGGAGGAGAAAGAAGUAGCAGGGUUGCUUUUUGCAUGGGCAGUGUUUCUCUGUCUAAUUACUUCCCUUCCAGUGAAAGAGCAAGCUGAUGUGGUAACGGAUAUUGAUCAUGUUAGUUAUGUACGGCAAGCAUUUGAAGGUGCAGCUUUAAGCUACUUUCUGGAAAUUCUUGAAAGUGACAUGUUGCACGAGUCAGAUGGGCCUGUGGCUGGUUACCGUAGUGUUCUGCGAACGACUAUUUCGGCGUUUAUUGCCUCAUAUGAAAUUAAUAUCCAGUUGGAAAAUCGUAGCCUGAGUCUCAUUCUGGAUAUUCUUUGUAAAAUUUAUCGUGGGGAGGAGUCGCUUUGUGUUCAGUUCUGGGACAAGGAAAGUUUUAUUGAUGGCCCAAUCAGGUGUCUUUUGUGCAACUUAGAGGGUGAAUUCCCAUUCAGGACUUUGGAACUUGUUCAUCUUUUAUCUUCCCUCUCAGAAGGAAGUUGGCCUGCAGAAUGCGUGUAUACUUUCCUUGAUAGAUCUGUUGGCAUAUCAUCAUUGUUUGAAGUUACUAGUGACUCCAUUGUCGACAAAGGUUCACAGAUUGUUGAGACGCGACAGCCAUUGUGUAUUCCUGGAAUUGAAGGCUUGGUUGUGCCUCCAAACACUCGUGGGCAGAUUCUGAGAGUUCUUGAUGCUAAAAAUGGCCUAGUACGAUGGGAGUAUAAGCAAUCAGGGCUGCUUAUCUUGCUUCUGCGUCUGGCACAAUCACUGCAAUGUGAGGGCAACAAAGAAGGAUUUCUCAUUCUUGACCUUCUUAGACGAUUGGUCUCAUGUAACUCUGGUGUUACUUUUUCUCUAAUGGACAUUGGCAGUACAUUUUAUCGGAUACCAGCUGGACCAAGCAAUCAGAUGGAAAAGAAUUCAUGGGUGGUUGAGAUCAUCUGUGCAGUAAUAAGAAAUUCAUCUCCGAGCUCUGCUGGUGCUGUACAAAUGUCAAUGGGAGCCAGUAUUUUGGCAGAGAUGAUUAAGUGUGCUCCAACUGUUGUUGCUGUGGCUGUAAAAGCAAAUAUUUUUGAGAUGGCUUCGAGGACCAGUAUGUUUGACUUUGGGAAUAAAGGCUCGUCAAGUGGAUCUUGGCUGCCUUCUGGAAAACUUGCAAAGAUGCUCUUAAUUGAUUCUGAACAGAACAAUUAUGAUAUCCCAUUGGUUAUAUCAGUUCUUGACUUUACGAUUAACCUGGUGGAAAGGAGAAUCGAAAGCGAUUUCGUCCUUGCAUUAGUUGCUUUCUGUCUACAAUAUGUUCUAGUUAAUCAUGACUCUUGGAAGUACAAGGUGAAGCAUGCUCGAUGGAGAGUAACACUAAAGGUAUUGGAAUUGAUGAAAACAUGCAUUGCAGCAGGCUCAUAUCUAGAAAAGUUGGGAAUUAUCAUCCGUGAUUUGUUGCUAUGGGACUCUUCAAUUCACAGUGCAAUCUUUAGACUCGUCUGUAAUAAUAAGCAUACCUUGGAGAGACUCCAUAGCAGCCGUCUCUUUGAACUGACUGAGAUUGAAGGAUUUGAGCUUGCUAUAGGUUCUGCUUUAGAUGUUCUGUACAUAAUGCUAUCUGAGUUCUCCAAGGAUAUUUCAAGCAAUAUACCUUUAUUUCAUCAAGUAGUGCUUUUAUCUGCGGAAAAACCAGAUUCUGUUGCUGCUGCUGCUAUAUCCUUGUUGUCAUAUACCCAAAAUCCGAUACUUGAUGCUAAUGGCAUUAUGGAAAAGACAGUGCAAGUUGGCGCUGCUAGGGUGCUAGCGAUGUUGUUGAUUACGACUGAAUAUUUACAACCAUAUCUGUCUGGUAAUGUGUGGUUUGUCCUCGAUAAUAAUCAGAUUACAGAUUUAACAGAAUAUUUCGGACGUGCUCUCUUUGAGCUGUUGGAGCACAAUGAAGAUCUAUUCAUUUCUCUAAUGAAUGUGUUCACUUCUGCCGCAUGUUAUAAGCCUGCUUUUCUUGUAUCAAUAUUUUCUCCAAAUGAUAUUGCUGGAGUCAAGGUGGGUGAUAACAGUCAAACAAAGAUGCCAACAAGCAAAAAAAUUCAUGGUGCACCAGUGUCCAAGAAAGCAAGUUUAUCAGAUGGUUUGAUGACAUACGUGGAAAGAUCUAAUGAUCUAAUUACAAGCAAUCCUCGCAUACUGCUGAGUGUUUUACAUUUCGUGAGGGCCUUGUGGCAAGGGGCUGGACACUAUAUUACUAUCAUAGAUUCCUUGAAGAGUUCUGGGAAAUUCUGGAAGCACUUGUCCGGUUGUAUCUCAUCAGUUGCUGCUUCCAAAGAUGUUUCCCUUGAAAAAUUGUCUGAAAUGGAGGCGCAAAGCUUAGCAUUGAAAUAUAAGUGCCAAUCUGCAAUUUUGGAAAUAAUGGCAUUUGAUAUGUUUCUGGAGAAAAAGUUGAUGCAUGCUGAGUUGCUUCUGAAGGGAGCCUCUCAUACAGAUAGAAAGCGAGAAAGUGCACCAAGCUCAGGAAGAUCGGACUCAGAUCAAUCUGGCACAAGAGAUGUAUGGGCAAGUUGGUGUGAAAAAUCUAUACUUGGCAGCCUGAUCAAUGCAUAUACAUCUUGUGAAUAUGAAAGCAAAAUCUUUUAUCACUCAAAGGUCGCAUCCAGUUUGUUUAGUGUCCAUGCAAUGGGGAAAUUUGCGAAAGGAGAUUCUGGAAGUUUGUCUGUUUCCUUGCUUGAGAAGAUUGGGAAAGAUUUUGAAAAUGUAUCAUUAAGCAGUCAGCCUGCAUUUUUGGACUUGGUGGCCCAAUAUUCUCAUCGUGGUUACAGUGAAGGAGACAAACUCAAAAUUCUAAUACUCGAUGAUCUAUACUAUCAUCUUCAAGGAGAACUUGAAGGCCGGAUAAUAGAGCAUGGGGCAUUCAAAGAACUUACUCAGUAUCUGGUUCAGUCAAAUUCCUUUGAGAGUUAUAAAAGAGAGUACGAUAAUGGACAUCUUCCAUCUACAAAAGAGGUUUAUUUAUAUGAUCUCAAAUGCUUAAAGAAGGAUUUGGGACUAGAUUUGUGGGAUUACACAAGUUGGAAAGCCUCAAAAGCAAUUGCAGAGAAUAUGCUGGACUACAUGCAGGAAGUGAACUCAAUGCUUUUGGUUUUGAGUUCGAAGCAUUCUGCCCUCAGGGAAUUGACAACCAUCUUUAACAUCUUCUAUGACAAUCAAUCUAAGAAGGACAAUGCUCAUGGAAUGUUUUCAAUUCAACAAUGUGCUGCUUGCAUCGAUCACAUUUGCAAACAUAUUCACACCGCUACUGCGUUGGCAUCUUCAAGUGAAGAUGCAUCUCAAGAGAUUCUCGAUCUCAUCGAAGCACAGGCUGAAUUGCUUCUAUGCCUGAUAAGAUACAUACAAACUGGUUUGCCUUUGUCGACUGUCAUGCUCGUCUUAAAAACAUCAGGUGCUGGCCUCAAGAUUCUCGCCGACUCCAAGUCAUAUCGAGUCUUGCCUACAAUGUCUACGAAGCUUCUAGCUUUGGUCAUGCUACUGGCACUGGAAUCUUGCACAGGUUCUGAUAAAAUCGAUGGACUUUCAAAUACCUGUAUGGGGUUAUUGCCCAUCUUGUGCAAGUGCAUGACUGGUGCUGCCGAGCAUUCUGCCAUCUGUUGUACCACGACUGAUUUAAUAUUGAGAUGUUUCGUGACCCCAAACACUUGGCUUCCACUUAUAAAGGAGCAUCUUAGGUUGCCCCAUGUCAUCCAAAAUCUGCAAGAUGAUGGCAAGUGUCGCCUCUCAACCAUACCAACAGCAACAGCAAUAACAACAAUGAAGUUUCUUCUCACUCUUGCUCGUGUGAGAAGUGGUGCUGAGAUGCUCCUUGCUUCCGGAUUUUUGCCAUCCCUUAGAGUGUUGUUCGAGAAAGACGAGAAGCCACAAGAAGAAAUCUGGGGUCUUGGUUUGGCUGUCGUCACUUCCAUGAUUCACUCACUGGGAGACGGUUCCACAUGUGAUGACAUCAUCAAUGAUUUCAUACCCUACAUUUUUGCCGAGAAGGCUUAUGUGGUCUCUCAUUAUCUCAGUGCACCUGAAACGUCGGACAUGCAUACCAAGAAGAGGCCGAGGGAACAAAGUGCACCUACUUCUUUGCUUGCUCUUAAGGAAACAGAGAAUACUCUCACACUGAUGUGCGUGCUGGCAAAACGCAGGGUUUCAUGGGUCAAGGCUACAAAAGACAUGGAUGAUUCGCAGUUCAGGGAGAAGAGUAUUCAUCUAUUAGCAUUUAUUAGCCGAGGAGCUCACCACCGCCUUGGUGAGUUUACUGGCAUAAAAGGUUGUCCGCUUGUUUGUCCUCCUGUGGUUAAAGAAGAGUUUGAGUAUUGUGAGAAAGCAUCGUUCGUAAGCAGCAAGCAUGGAUGGUUUGCUCUUUCACCUCACUGUUGUGCAACAAGUUCCAAGUUCCCUGGUGUCUCAGUGACCAGUACUGCCCUAGUUCUAAAGGGUCAUCAGCCAAAUGGUCUCACGGAUGGUGGUCCUGCUCCGACAUUUUUCUCGGACUUGGUAGCCCUCCAGAUGUAUAGGAUUGCAUUUCUGCUCUUGAAGUUUCUUUGUAUCGAGGCGAAGAGUGCUGCUGAGAGGUCUGUGGAAGUGGGGUUUGUUGAUCUUGCUCACAUACCUGAACUUCCAAUGCCCGAUAUAUUACAUGGUUUGCAGGAUCAAGCUAUCGCUGUCAUCUGUGACAUAUGUGAACCAAAGGUCAUUAAUGAAGAAGCCAGGUCCAUCUCCUUAGUUUUGGUUCAGAUACUGGAGAUGGCGCUAUAUUUGGAGCUCUCUGUUCUGCAGAUCUGCGGAAUAAGGCCUGUGUUGGGGCGGGUGGAUGGCUUUUCAAACGGUGUCAAAAUGUUGUUCAGAGUGAUUGAGGGUCAUGCUUUUCUACACCCGUCGAUGAAAUCGUUGAAGCAGAUAGUGUCGAUGGUAUACCCGGGAUUGUUGCAAAAUGGAGGCUUCUUGUAGUAAAGAAUGUAACCUUCACGGAUUUAGGAAGGGAAAUAUCUGGCAAACAACUGGGAAAGGAGGACCUGAGUUUUCCAUUUGUUAGCGCUUGUAAUUUUGUAUGUUAAUUGUACCAUUCUACUUGUUGGGGAAAUAUGAAUACACCCAGAAUGUAGUACGCGAAGAGAAUCGGUAGGGGUGUACAAUGAUUGUUCUUUUGUUGAGGAUGGACCUAACUCUUCUAUUUCCCCCAAAACUUGUAAGGAAAACCUCGACCAAGCAGUAGCAAUGCAAUUACAGUUUACAACUUACAGUCUAGUG